AAAACUCACUCCGUAAUUUCCUGAAACUUAAAACGGGAAUUAAAUAGUCUGAAGUUCGUUUAAAAUGUCUUAAAUUCAUAAAAUUAUAAUGGCUUCCAAAAAGACUUUACAAAUUUUCCUAAACAGAUUUUUAAGGGAAGAGAUAACUUCCAGAAGAGCAUAUUCUCUUCUUUCUCCUGUUCAACGAAAUUCCAGAUGUCUAUUCAUUUGUGAAUCUGACCAUUCAUCUAACAAGAGGUAUUAUCAAAAAAUCAGCCAUGAACCACCACCUUCAAAACCUUUUACGAAAUUUCUCCACAUUUUUAUUGGAGCUGGAUUUUUAUCAUUUUUUAUAGAUUGGGAGAAGGUAUUUAAUGACCUUUUCCCAAGUGUUGAUGCUGCUGAGGUAUUGGAAACAAGCCAUCGUCAUAAACAAAAAAGUAGAGAUCAAAAAGAAUUAGAUGGCGAAGAAGGGCUUAAAAAAAAAGAGAAAAAGAAGAAAGAAAAAGUUGGUUUCCGAGAUCGAAAGAUAAUUGAAUACGAAAACCGAAUUCGACACUUCUCGACGCCAGAUAAAGUGUUUCGCUAUUUCGCUACUCUUCAAGUGAUCGGACCCAAUGAGGUUCAUGAGGUGUACAUGACUCCUGAUGACUUCCUGCGGUCCAUGACACCAGGGAUCAAACAGCCAGAUGGUUUAGGACUUGAUCAGUACAAACGAUACGAUCCAAAGAAUGUACAUAUGAAGUUAGAGCUGGCUCUUGACGAAGACAGUAUCUUCUACAAACUUGGAAGCUCUGGGUUGAUAACAUUUUCCGAUUAUAUAUUUCUGCUAACAGUGCUAUCAACUUCCAGGCGCCAUUUCGAGAUAGCCUUUAGAAUGUUUGAUCUUAAUGGAGAUGGUGACGUCGAUUGUGAAGAAUUCGAGAAGGUUGCAACUCUUAUCAGGUUACAGACAAGCAUUGGUAGUAGGCAUAGGGAUCAUGCCAACACUGGAAACACCUUCAAGGGAGUGAAUUCUGCGCUUACAACCUACUUUUUUGGCCCUAAUCUCGAUCAAAAACUAACAAUUGAAAAGUUCCUUGAAUUUCAGAAUCAACUUCAGACCGAAAUUUUAAGUCUUGAGUUUCUGAGGAAAAAUCCUAAUGACGAAGGAAAAAUUACUGAAGCUGAUUUCACAGAACUUCUUUUAGCAUAUGCUGGUUAUCCACCAAAAAAGAAAUCUAAAAUGCUGAAGCGGGUGAAGAAAACGUUUAAGGAAAGCAGUCAAGGCGUCAGCCAGGAGGACUACCUGAAAUUCUUCCAUUUUCUCAACAAUAUCAAUGAUGUUGACACAGCAUUGACAUUUUAUCACAUUGCUGGAGCAUCCAUCGAUCGAGCUACCUUGAAACAUGUUGCAAAAACAGUUGCACAUGUAGAUCUGAGCGACCACGUGAUCAAUGUCGUUUUCACUAUAUUUGAUGAAAACAUGGACGACCAACUGAGCAAUCGAGAAUUUAUAUCAGUGAUGAAAAAUCGACUUCUCAGGGGAUUGGAGAAACCAAAAGAUACCGGUUUCGUAAAACUUAUUCAAUCCCUCUUGAAAUGUGCCAAAGAAAAUAGACCAACGAUCCUCGAUGUUUAAAAAUUUCCAAAUCAUUUAAUUGAUUGUUUUGAUAUUUUGUAUGUGUGAGGAAUGUUACUUAAAAUUUUUAUCUCUCAGUGCUGAUCUUAGAUAUCUGAUAGUUACUAAGCUGCAUAUUGUUUUGUUUUUUUUCCUCAAACUAUUUCUAAUCGUAUUGUAUAUAGCUUUACAAGAUACAAAAUUAUUUAUUUUACAAAAAGUAAUUAUAAAUGAACUUUAUGUUUGCAGUGGUUUAUGAAGUUUUAUGUUCUUCAUUGAGAAAUAUUUAAUGUUAUACAAUUGAAUCGUUUAUUUCUAAA